AUGGCCACGGCUAGCAAGCAGCAGCAACACCUUGGUAGCAGCGAGUCGCAUGCAACACCGCAGCUGGUCCCAGCACCGCCGCCGGUUGCCAGGGGUGGCGAUAGCUACGUCAAUGAGAAUACUCGCCUUGUCGUUUCAGACCCGCUCCCCUACUCUUCACGACAGCAGCAGAGAGACGGAAACCGUGGAAGCAAUGUCAAUGACUACACUUCGGACCGCCGUGAGGUCAUGGGUGCUGCGAGGGGCCGCGAUGAGGUGCGCUACACCCUUGACCUCAACGGUCGAAGAUGCAGCGACAGCGCACCGUACAGCGGAGCUGGCACGGGUCGCCCACGUGCCUCGUCACUGCCACGCACACACGAAGACGUGAAAGAGAUCUUGCCGCAGCUGCGUCCGCUUCGAGAGGUCCGACAUGGCGGCGACCUGAACCGGCUGCGCAGUCCGCCGCCACGGCACUCGGCCGACCACCACGGUGCAGCCACUGGUUACGCACUGGACAGCUUGCGCACCAUGGCACCCAACGGCACCGUGUUUGCCGACGACAGAGAAAGGGAGAAGCAACGCGAGGUACUAAGCGCACCGCCGGCAUCGUCGACAGUUAUUCCGUCCAGCUAUUCACCGCGACCGGUAGCAGACCAGGUGCGUCUGCUCGGCCGUCACCAAAACCGAGGCAGCGUGCACCGAAGCAACGCUAUGGCGACCCAGGCGGCCGGCAACCCCGAUACUCGAAUGCUGCGCUCGUCGCCGUUCAGCAGCGGCAGCGACGAUGAGGGGCUUGCCCCUGCCGGUGGGCCAUCUGCGCCGGAGACCGCCGCUGCCGCUGCCGCUGCUGCUGGCGCUGGCAACGGCCGUACCGCUCCAAUUGAGACCCGGCGUAACGUGAAGGGUGGGGCGGCCGCAGCCGUCGCCGCGGCGAUCGCGCAGCGCGGCAUCACUGGCCUUGGCGGGACAAUCAGUAAACCUGUGUAUGACAAGUGCGGGGCCACUGCAAAGAAAUCGCCGUACGGCGCUGGGGCCGAGCGGCCGGAGCGCAUCCGUCAUGAGGCUAGAAGUGAGGCGGUGGACGCCGACGAGCUUUUCGGUAGCACGCAGGUGCUCUGCUCGUUGCGGUCGGGUGCGGAAAGAAGCGACGGCAACACUGCUGGCGCACGACCGCCCCCGCCGGCGGUGCCAGUGACCGCGCCGUCGUCGCGCAUGCGCAACUGCGACCACAGUGGAGCAAGGUGUGCCGAGAACGAACUUCCUGUCUACAAGUUUAACGUGGUGCUCAGCAGUGGCAAGACAGCGACAGUCCCUAUAUCGCUUAUCGCGGGCAGCGGCUGUGUGCAAGGGAUGCGACCAACCAUGGAGGACGCGCACUUCGCCGAGCUCAACGCGACCCACGUUCGUGGCCAGCCCGUCUCUCUUCUGGCGGUGCUGGACGGCCACUGCGGACGGCGGGUGGCCGACCUCGGGGCCAAGUGGCUGCCGCACUACGUAUUGCAUCACGCCGCCCUUGGCGAGAACAACGCUCUGGCUCUUGUGGAGUCUAUCCUGCAGACCGACCGCGAGAUUUUCCACACGCUGCAGGCCAAGAGCCACGGACAUCACCAGCAGAGGGCGGGCAACAGCAGCGGACGACGACGCCGCGACGUGGAUGAAGAAGUGUUCGACGAAAUGGUGAGCGGGACGAACGGCGGGUCGACACUGAUUGCGGCCGCCGUGUGCGGCCGGAUGCUGUAUGUGGCGUGCCUCGGCGACGCCCGGGCGGUGCUCUAUGACGGACACACCACCAUCGCGAUGAGCGAGGAUCACAAGCCCGGCAACACGGACGAGUCCCGCCGCAUCGCUAAAUGCGGCGGCUUCGUGCAGUUUGGCCGCGUGUGCGGCAUUCUCGCGGUGAGCCGCGCCCUUGGGGACUUUGAGUUCAAGUUCCAGCCGUCGUCGUCGCCCAAUGCGACGGGGGAGGAGAAGCUGUCGACCAACUUCCCUUUUGGCGCCCUAGGCGAAAACGAUUCGAGCGGGCCAGCGGCGCCGUCACCCUCCUCACACAAUCGCCGCUUCAUCUCGAAUCGGGACUUAAUGGUGAGCAACAUCGCCGAUGUCCGACAGCUGCACCUUACCGACGCCUCCGCCUUCUUGCUGCUCGCCUGUGAUGGGCUGUGGGACGUGCUGAGCAACGAAGAGGCCACCGAGUUUGUGCGCGACUUCCUGUGCUACACGCCGGAUGUGUGCGACCCGCACAUUUUCUCCGGUACGAAGUCGCGCCCGUCCCCUGACGUUGUGCAGCGCGUGCUCAACAACUGCUGUCAGAAGCUCGCCGAGUUCGCUGUCGAUCGCGGCAGCAUGGAUAACGUCUCUGUGAUGGUGCUUUUCUUCCACGAUGUCGUUGACACUGUCGCGCGCUUCAGCGGGCGGGUGCCGUCCUCGGCGAAUGCAGGCGAAGCCACUAGCAGCGCUGCCAGUCAGCCGCACGCGUUACACGGCACGGGCAGGUCGCAUCCGCGGAAAUCGGUGCAGUCGGUCUUCGAGCUGACGAACAAACAGCUGAAGGUGCGCAACGGCCGCAUCGUCGCGCAGCGGUAG